CAACAACUUACAUUUCAUUCCUCUUUCAAAAACUCAGAAGAGAACAGCAAUGAUGGCGGCUGCGGACCGCGCCGAGCAGCUCAAGUUGCAGGGUAACCAGUGCUUCCAGAAGGGCAAAUUCCUCGCUGCCAUCGACAUGUAUACAGAGGCCAUCGUACGCUCCUUUCCGCGCUUUAAAACUCCCUCUAAAAGCCUCUCUAACCUCCUGCUGUUAGGUGAUGGCGCCAGGUCGGUCCACUUACUAUUCCAACCGCGCUUUGUGCCAUUCCAAGCUGGACAAAUGGGAAAACUGCCGCGAAGACUGCGAACAUGCACUUAAGUUCGAUGCACUUAACGCCAAGGCCAGCUACAUGCUGGGCACGAGUCACAUGCACUUGUUGGCCUUUGACGCGGCCGUGGAGGCGCUACAGACGGCACUGAAUAGCGCUGAGAAGACCAAAAAGCCCAAAGCUUUUCGAGAGGACAUUGUCGCAGAACUGCGAAGGGUUAAGAAGCGCCAGUGGCUUCACACGCAGAAGCAGCGGGUUGCACGCCACGAGAAGGUCAAAAAUCAGCUACAGAAACUCUUUGGAGCCAGCCACACGGCCGAGGUCUUGGCCACACAAGCCACAGUUACAUCAGAUAACACAAUACGCUCUGGAGCAGAGGAAGCGGACGCUUUGAUGGCGUACGUGGAGCACAUGGCGGCUUGCUACGAGAGGGAUAUGUAUCCUGGAGAAAUUCCGGACUAUUUCAUGUGUCCAAUUAGCAUGGAGAUCAUGCACGACCCAGUCACGACUCCUAACGGUGUCUCAUAUGAACGACGGUGUUUGGAGGAGCAUUUGCGUCAUAAUGGCGCGAUAGACCCGUUAACACGCAAGCGACUGACGCUAGAUAUGCUGCGACCCAAUACGUCGCUAAAAGCUGCCAUUCAGGAUUACCUCGAGAAAAACUCGUGGGCGUUCGAGUAUUAGCGGAAGAUUGCAGGAAUGGUAUGUAUAUGUAUGCUAUUUUUUUUAAUUCGUGGAUAUUUUUUUACAAGGUUUAGACGCCGAGUUUAAAAAAAAAACCGGCGAUAUACUGACGUCCGUACUAUACGGGAACUGCAGUAUUGCAGUCAUUUAGUCUCGUAUAGUUAGGAUCCCUCAUUGUUUCGCAUGACGUACAGCUUGCAGUGUUUGUCAACGUGUCCGGUGCUGCUUUACGAGGAUAAUACACCACAUAGAGCCCCACUUGGACGAUACAUAACGCGACUCCAAGUGCAUUCGGAAUCAACACGAGCAUGUCGUCUUCCACUAUACUGUGCAACACCCAGACCACACCGUUCACGAGGAGAAACGCGCUGAUAGUGAUGGGAAUUGUGGACGCGUCCUUCGUCUGGAUCACGUGUUUUAUUCUCUCCAAUGGCGACGCGUACAACGCCAAAUUGAUGAGCCCGCUGACAGCUCCGAGGGUGUUUUCCACUUGUUCACUCGACUGGUUGGUAGCCCCACUCGUCCCAAGACUGUAGUAGAGCGUGUAACCCGCUAGAAUGUAGAACGCAGCGCCGUAAAGUUUGUGAAUGUGGGCAUGGUCACGAGUCCAGUGAUAGUAAAUUCCACCAAAGGCGAUCGAUGCGAGCAUACCGACUGCGUACGCCACGAACAGCGGAGGGAUCGAGUUCACCUGACGCGCGUACAUGACCCACGCGUAGCAGUUGCAGAAGAUGAGAACGACUGGCAAGACGGAGACGGAACCUGUGGAGCGAGUCUUGUAGAUCCGCCAAAAGUCUGGAAACGGAGCCAGCACUGCCAAAAUCGCUGCGGCAGUGGAGAGUACGUGAAGAAUACUCAUAGAAAAGUUGUUGCGAUUAUAUUAAAGACGAAGUGGCAAGAAAUGCAGAGAGGAGAUACAGAAGUUGACGAAGUGGUCAUACUUGGUGAGUGAGCACAGGAAACAGUGAUUCUAAGGAGACAUGGCCUUUAAGUUGAAUUUCAACGCGAUGUUGUGAAAUCUAUAUUCUAAUUUAUACGUAACUGAGUAAUUUUUUUCCACGCCAUCAAAGAUUGCAAACCCGGAGAUCUCCAC